UUUUUUUACAAAUGUUGUUGUCUGCUGGUAGCCACUGCAAACCGUAGCCGAAUGCGAAUCCAAAUUACAUGCAAAAUAAAUGGGUACAAUGAGGCCAAAUAAAUACGAUGUUACCACAGCUUACGGUCUAUGCCAAGAUUAUUUACCUCCUGAUGGUGGUGAUUUCGGGUGCAUUAUGUACAGUAGAAGAUUAUGUAAUAAUGUCACAGUGUGCACACAACAAAGCCAUAUAUUUAGCUGCAGAAGGAACAGUCUCAGUGACAGAUAUCUCACAAACACAAAAUAUAACAAUAGUCGGCCGCCCGGAUUUUGUGAACAACAAUUUCAAAAUAGCCCUGUAUGCAAAGGAAACACAAAGGUACCUGUGUUUCAACGAUCAUUGGAAACUAGUUGGAAUGAAAGAACUCCAAGAUACCUGCUAUUUCAACGAAGCCAUACUACACGGUUAUUUCGUAUUUCGCUCCGCAAUCGAUCAGCGACGACGUAUCGGCUUCACGCAACGAGGUAGAGCCGUUGGCCCGAAGAAAGUCGUCAACGAUGCCUGUUAUAUGUUUACGAAAAUACCAACUGAUCAAUUUUUCCAUCAGCAUAAUCAAUUUUUCCAACAGCAGCAGCAAAGAGCAUCCUCCUCAGCGGAGAAGAAGGGCCCAUCGGCCUCUGAGGAUCAUCUGGGUGGCAGUGGUAUGGGCCAUUUGGGUCGGGGUAGUGGUGGCGGUAGACCCAAUCGCCAUCGUAAUCAUGGCAAAAAAUCAAAGCUUCAUAGCAGUGGUGGAGGAGGAGGCGGUGGCUCUGUGGGCCCCCGUAAACGCCAACAUCAGCGUCUGCAACAGAUGUCUGGUGCCGGUGGUGGAGAUUCCAAAAAUAGCACUUACUUAAGUAGUUCUAGGCAACAAAAUAAUAUAGAAUUAGGCCAAUAUGGCGUCGUACAUCAUAAUAAUAAUAAUCAUAGCGGUAAACAUCAUAACCACUCUCAACCUCAGUCUAAGGAUCAGCAGGAUAAGCAACAGCAGCAGCAACAGCAUCAUCAUCACCAGGCGGCUAGGCAUCAUCAUAGCAGCAGCGGCAGCAACAACGAUUCACGUAGACAUCAUCAUUAUGAGCAGAAGCAAAAAUCCCGAGCGCAUCACAGUCGGAUGCGUACUACCACAAAGCCUCCCAGCAGCAGCACUACCACCACAAUUGCUUCCACGCCACUGGCUGAUAUACCCACUCACUACGAAGCCGAAAUUUGGUCGACAGACUCCAGCAAAACCUCGACAACCACCACAACAACAACAACCACGGCAAAUCAUCUCAGUACCUCCCAGGGCCAUAAACACAAGGGCCGCCGAAGAAAGUCGCAACACCACAAGCACGAUGGCUUCCACAAAACGCCCGAACAUCCCAGUACCCCAACCACGGAGGCUGAGGUUGGAGAAGAGGAUGAUGCCGCCUAUCUUACCACAGAUUUCAGCAGCAGCAGCACCUGGACCCAACCCGAGGCGGAACUAAGCAGCAUGGCCAAAGAUUUCCUCCCAGUGAAACCAACCUCAGCCAGUCUACCCAGCUGGGAGACAUGGUAUCCCUCGUCCAUGGCCACAACAUUGGGCGAUGUGGAAGAGGUCCCGGUGGCAGAUUAUACCCUUAGCUCUGUAAGUUAUCAGGAUGCCAAGAAGCUGGUGGAUACAGCUCAAGCCUCAUCUCCAUUGCCUUUAAAUUAUGAUAUAAGUAAGCCACUGCCAUAUUCCACAACAGCAACUACAACAACAACAACAAUGGCCUUUUCUAUGGCCAAUCAUGGAAAAUCUGCCGAAGAUACCUCAAGGGUUAGCGAAAACCAACAACAAAAGCAGCGACAGGAGGAUGAACUAAAUAAUAAAUUUAAAUUGCAGUUGGCCGGAUCCGGGGCCCCAGAGAUUAAUAAUUCCACAAGUAGCCUAAGUCAAAGUGAGGAGGAUUCCAACAGCAGCAGUGGAGGAGGAACUGCUUUGGAAGACGACCCUGAAGAUCAAAAUGAGGAGGACGAUGAUGAUGAUGAUGCUGAGGAAGAAGAACAUCUUAACCUCACCACAAUGGCCACAAAACACCUAAGUGAUAUGCCCUCAACGAAUUCUAUGAUGACUGAUUAUAUUUAUGCCACCAGGACUGUACCCAUUAGCGAGGGGCAACACAAAGUAAGCAGGCACCGGCACACUCUGUCCCGACAUCCACACAAUGCCAUGCAACAUCAUAAGGAUAAAUUGGCAUUGCAGGAAAAAAUAAGAAUAGAAAAUGGUCUUAUUACGACAACAACAACGACGACCUCCACAACAACAACAACCCCAAGCAGCGAGUUGGGCGCCAUCACACAUCCACAUCGUAGUUCACAAAGCCUUAAUACAUUUAGCGAUUUGGAAACACCACUAACCGAAAUAACAGCCAAUACUUUAAGCUCAACCACUAGUAGUUUAAUGACAGCCAUGCCAACCUUAGCCACAGCCAGUAGCAGCAUCAGCACGGGUAGCUCCAGCAUUAUCCCCAGCACUUCCAACAGCCCCAGCACUUCCACCAGCCAUUCGACCACCCGUAAAUCGUUACGCAAAUCAACGCAAAAACUUUUGGCCACACCAUUCCAUCAGCUAACCUAUGUACGGAAUGAGGCUGGCGACAUCGAUAUCGAUAGUUUGGAUAAUAUCAGCAUGUAUCCGGAUUUGGAGGAUAAUGAAAAUGGCGAUUUUGAACAGCCGGCACAUCGAACCACUAGCCGUUUUACCAUGAUUAGUGGUUAUCAUCAUCCUUCGACAUCAUCGUCGUCAUCAUCGGCCACAUCAGCGGCCCUGCCUGAAUCAAUACGUAUAGCUAAAAUUAAAAUUAAUCGUGAACGUAAACGUAUGUUACGUAUGCGUAAUAUUGGGGCUUAUAAUGCGUAA